GUCUGAAUCUCCGCAGAGCGGCGCCGCCUCUUGUCGGUGGGCCCACCGUCGCGGCCUGCAAGCGCCUGGGGAGGGAGGCGCGGGCGCUUUUGGCAAUAGCGGCUGACUUUCCCACUUCGAUCUCGAUAAAACUGCUUCAGGGGGCGGCUUCAAUCUCGACAGACCUGCUCCAAGCUCCCAAGCGGCUCCGUAGAGGAGUCGACCUGGGCCCAUAUCAGCGCGCGCGGAGUCGUAUGCAGGGCCGCACUCCGCGCGCCUCCGAACCGGCCUGAAGCCGCCCCGCCUUGGAGGCGUCGGCGCGGAAAGCGAAACGCGGGACCUCUCGGAGAAUUUGGCCCCGGUAGGUGGUACGUGGUCCGCCUGACGCGCCGUCUUGAUUGGUCAGAAACAAACGCCACGCGCGCGAUCUGCCCAGGUGACUGGUUAACAUUUCGCGGGGAUGAGUCCGCAAAGUUUGCGCGCGGCCCCCCGGCGCGGCUAUGAUUCUCUACCCCCAAGAGCUUGCCGAAGGUCGGGAGGCGCGCGCGCGCCGGGGCGCUCUGCGGAUGUUAAAAACGAAGGGGGAUGGGGGUCCGAGAACCCGCGCGCAGAUAAGCGAAGACGGCGCGCGCGCGUGGCGCGCGGUUUUGGUGUUUCUCUUUUGCCGGUGGCCCGGGUGCUUCCUUGCCUUGGGCUUCGUUCUUUGUAAGUGGCGCGCCCUUGCUGUUUGGGUGGGCCCCUGCUUUGAGGCCUGUUUGGGCGCCGGGGGGGGCGAGGGGCGCCAUUCCUUGGCUGGUAGGCUGGGCCGGCACCCAUGGCCCUGCUGCCUGCGCGGGCGCGCGUCCGCCGGGCGGGUGGUAUCCUUCCGCGCCCCCCCCCCCCGGUUGUUUGCAUCAGGGCAGUCAGGCGCGCCGAUUUCAGUGCCGCCGGCCAAUUGGGCCGGCGGCGGCCGCGGCGGCUGCGUCCGGUUUGGUGUUUUGAUCUUGCCGGGCGUGGAAAGGCGCCCACGUAGGGAGGCGUGGGCGCGGCGCUCGGGCCUACGUAUGGGCGAAUGGCCCGGGCCGCCGCGCGUAUGGUGCCUGUGUGUCAGACAGUACGUAGCCAGACGCCCGAGCCCCGUCUGCCCAGCCAAGCAAUGGCGCGGCGCCGCGGCCGUCUCUUGUUCAAUUGAUACAUAUAUAUUUUCGCGCUUGUGCUUAUGGCGCGCGUGGAGUGAGCGCUGCUCAGCGCGGUUAUCUCUUCGUCGCCGCAUUUUCCGUGGGUGCUCGCCUGCCGUCGCCUGCCGCCCGCCG